AUGCCGGCCGAAAUAUCCGCGCUGCCGCCAACAGCCAACGGAGAUCCUUUCGCUCGUGAUCGAAAGGAUCCGCCGGCAUUCACGAUCCUCCAGAAAGAUGGUUUGGACAGCAACCUACCGCUUCUCCACGUGAACGGCGACGACGUCGAUACGAACGGAUCGGAAGUCAGGCGAUACGAGAACUGCAAUAACAAUCUGAUCGAUCGGAAACGUCUCAGCAGAUCGAACGAUCAUCUGAUCCAGGCGAGCUUACAGUCCAGCCAUGCGAAUCCGUUGAAGAAGAAGACGAUAAGCCGAAGCCAAGACAGCUUGCAAUCGUUGGAGAAGGUGCCGACCAUCAAACCGAGCAUCACUCUGUCUACGGAGGACUUCAACGAAGUGCUGAACGCGAAAUUGAAACGGAUCCAGGACCAGGAGAAGGAGGAGCAACGCAGAAUCGCGCGAAAGAAUCAAACGUUUCACAAGAAACCGUUCAUCACCACGGUGAAGACUGGAGAAUUUCUGAUGCCGCCACCGGAAGUCGCUGCUCUACUCGGUAUCGGACCGACCUCGAACGAUUCAGAGGAAAUGGACAACUGUCCUCUUCGAUCGAGAUUCAAAUCACUCGUAUCGCUCGCCAAGAAACCGGAAGUACGUCACAGCAACCACAACGCCAGGUGUCCGGCCGCCCUCAAGGCCACCGUCGAUUUCACUCUCGGAAUGAUGAACGCGACGACCAUCGCUGCCUCGACCUUGGACGAGCGCGCGAAGAUCCCGAAGAAGAACGACGUGGCCGAUCAAUCGAUUCCUUUCGGGAAUAUCAUGUUUGACCGGCGUGUUGUACGCGGAAGCACGUACGCCGCAGCUCCUACCCUCAUCGAUGGAGAACAGUCGAUUGCGGCGAGGCAAGCGGAAGCAAGGAGGAGACAUUUGGCGCGGAAACGGGCUCAAGCACAGGCCACUAAAGCUCUAGUUCUGAGAAUAGGGUCACCGCCGCCGGUACCAGGUCGAAAACACGAGCCCGUGCAAACCGAAGUCUAUCUCGAAGAACUGUUCGACAAGCCGGACGAGUUCGACGUUUCGACGCAGACCGACUACUUCCUGGACAGGCCAUCGACACCUCCGUACUGUGCACCCAAAGUUGGCCAGGAUGUCGGCACUCAAAUCGAGCCGGGUGACCUGUUCGACUUCGACUACGAGGUGCAACCGAUUCUGGAGACGCUUGUCGGCAAGACGGUGGAGCAGGCGUUGAUAGAGGUCCUCGAAGAAGAGGAAAUCGCCGCGCUUAAGGAGCAACAGAGAAAAUUCUUGGAACUUCGCGCCGCGGAACAGGCCGAAGCUCGGAGGCUGGAAGAACAGGAGAGGAGAAUAAGGGAGGAAAAGGACGAGAGAUUAAAGCAACACGAGGAAGCGAUGAAAGCCCAAUGGGAGACGGAGGAACGAAUAGCCGCGGCCACCCUACUGACAGGAUACAUCGCGGAACUUCUUCCGGCAGUUCUAGAGGGAUUGAAGAUGUCCGGAUUCCUACUGGACGAGAUCAAGGCUGAUAUGGAGGAAGGAUUCGUUCCUUGGCUGAUGAAGGAAGUGAAAAAAGAGAUGGGGAAUAUGAUCGAGAGCAGAGAACUACUCAUGGAGAUCAUCAAGGAGAUUCUGGAGAACCGUGCCGAGACGUACAGAAAGCUUGGCGAGGAAUACGACGCCACGAGGAAGAAAUCGUCGAUGGAAAACGUGGAAGACGGUGGUCGAGACCCGAAUUUCGUGAACUAUCAACCGCCCGUUCUCGAGAACGAGGAUGCUAUUUAG